GCCGGUGACAUGGUGACUGCACGCGGGAUCAGUGUGCUCGCUUUGUGAGUAAAAUAGUUUUUCGGACUCUACUGUUGGACUGUAGAGGACGCCAAUGGGGAACUCUUACGCUGGCCAGCUGCGGUCCACGCGCUUCGAGGAGGUCCUCCACAACUCCAUCGAGGCGUCCCUGAGGUCGAACACAGUGGUGCCUCGGCCCGUCUUCUCACAGCUGUAUCUUGAGACGGAGCAGCUGUUUUUGCAGGACGUUCGUACAUUGAACGAUGUUGAAGAUGAUGAAGAUGGCUCAGAGUCCAACAGCCCACCGAUACCGUAUCAGAUGAAACCUCCACCUGAGGGAUGCUGCACCACAGAUGGCUUUUGUCAGGCUGGCAAAGAUCUGCGUUUGUCCUCACUUGCGUCAGACAACUUGGAUGUCCCUCCUGGGUUCAUGCUAGUUGGGGUAAAAUCCCCCUCCCUCCCCGACAACCUGCUGGUCUGCGCUGUGGACCACCGCUUCCUGCCAGACGAACGGGGUCGAAACGCCCUGCUUGGUUUCUCUGGGAACUGUAUGGGCUGUGGAGAGAAAGGUUUCCGUUACUUCACAGAGUUUUCCAACCACAUUAACCUGAAGCUCAGCACCCAGCCUAAGAAACAGAAGCACUUGAAGUACCACCUCUACCGCAAUAACCAAGGCAUACUGGUCAAGGGUGCUCCCAUCUGCUGGAGGGGAAAUGAUGGCCGGAUAAGACAGAUAAGAUCCAGUCUCUCAGAGGGACACCCGACUUUGGAUGAACGGCCAUCGAACCCAGCUUUGAGUCACGCACCAGGCAGCGUUGCAGGAUCACAUGUGGAGCCUCAAACAGCUGGUGUCCCCAGCACGCUGAUAAAUGGGAACCACGCAGCAACUUCCUCCAUUUCCCAGCCACCUUUAAAUCAGUCAGGACCAGGAAGACCCUCAGCUACAGGUCCACAUGCAAACGCUGGCCCCCCAAAAAAGAGACACAAAGGCUGGUCGCCUGAAUCGUCUGCCAACAGUCUGACAGAGAGUACUGUGAAGUCUGCACAGUCAUCAUUAGCCUUAUCAAAACUAUCAGUGACUUCUGUCAUCACCAAUGGAGCAAGAUCAGAGACUACAUCCCUGCAGAGCUCCUCACGGGGGUCCUCAAGUCAACUUUCGCCCCCUGAGGUGUCUGUAACAGUGCCUGAUCGGCUGCUACACAUCUGCAGGCUGCAACCUGUCAUAUUUAAAGGUCAUGGCGCUCUUCCUCAGCUCACUGGUAACACAAGUGAUGUACUUGUCAGUUCUCUUCUCCGGAGUUGUUACCUGAGCUCACAAACACUCCCCAGAGUCUACCAACAUUACGGACCAUCGCCUAUUCAACCUCUCUCUGCUGAGAUGCAGAUUCUGCUCACCGUUUACUAUCUUGUCCAGCUAGGCCCUGAGCAGGUCCCCCUCAUUGAGGACUUGGAGCAGAUAUUUAUGAGGUCAUGGAGGGAAUCUCACCUCAGUGAGAUCAGACAGUUUCAGCAGUCACAAACACAAGGAACCCAAGGGAGGCACUAUGGCAUAGAGGUACCCCCUACUUUGCCUGGGCUCCCCCAGCAUCUUUCUUUACCUCCCCAGAGUCAGCAGCCCCUCACCCCUAGUCAGCUUCCCUGGCUCGCCCAGCUCGCUGCCUCCUCCUGUGGGGAGGGUGUGGUGGUGUUGGGGGAAGAUGUCAAAUCCUUGGCUCAGGGGCUUCAGCAAAUGUUCAGCAGGUUGAUUGAUGGGCGGCUUGAAAACACAAACUAUGUGGUCAUCAUCGUCACUUCACCAAGACAAGAAACUCAGUCCUGUGUGGUGGUAACAGGUAAACACCAGUGUCGUGUUUUAGCAGAGAGCAUGUUUUCGCCCAAUGAGGGACUGAAAGAAAUCAGCCACCAGCUCCACACAGGAGCUGCCCAGGAACUUAUCCACUAUUGCAAUUCACUUGGACAAGAUGGCAAUUUGGAUUCCCUUCUGGACCGUGCCAGUGCUGAGCACAACGAGGCAUCACCCCCAUCCAGUAGUCAGAUGUUAGCUGAGGAGAAGACUCCCAAGGCCGCACACAGCCCCAAAGACCGACCUAGUCCAAAAGAUUCACAAACACAAAGUUUAAAAGACACACCCAGCCCUAAAGAGACAGCUUCAAGCCCCAAAGACACUUGUUUAGAAUAUAGAGUAGAGUGGCGUGAAGUUCGUCCCAUCCAGCUGGCCGUAGCUAGAAAGCUGCUGUCCCAUGUUUGUGCCAUCGCAGACUCCAGCACACAGAACCUGGACCUCGGUUCUUUUAACAGGGUCAGUUUCCUCAUCCUCGUCCCACCUUCCGAGGUCUCAUUUCAGCAGACUGUUCUUCACCUCUGGAGCUCUGGUGUCCUUCAGGAGCUCGGUAGUUCAGAGCAGGAUUUUGUCUCUCAGAGAGAUGCAGAGCGUUAUGUUGUGAAAAUGGACCAGAGCGCUCAGUCACGAAUCGACAAGCUGACCCAGGAUGCACAGAGCAACUCCUACACACUCUACAUCCUGGUUCAUGACCACGCCCACUGGGAUAUUAGCAGCACAUCCUACAGCAGCACAGACAGCAGUCUGGGGCUUGUCGAUCGGCUGUUAAACUCCCGACAGGUGAAAGAUGCCACAAACAUUUUGAUUCUGCACGUCACCUCAUUCCCCUUCGCUUUGCAGACGCAGUGCACUCGCAUCAGCCCUUACAACGAGAUACACUGGCCGUCUGCAUUCAGCAAUGAUGUGGACCUGUAUCAUGAGAGGACGCAGUACUUUGGUGUGUCAGAGCUUUUGGAGUCAACCCGCUCAGGAAGCAGCCUGCCACUGAUGCGAUACGAUUCCUCUUUUGAGAGCACGACAUCAACCCUGGAAGAAAGAUUUCCAAAGCUGCACAGUGCUGUAAUCCGGACUACAGUCUUAGUCCAACAAUACUGCGUCGCUCUGAUGGCUGCAUCGGGCAAAAUCAGCAGCUCUCACAAUCUCCACAAACACACCUCUGUGGAAACCAUGGAAAUUGUCCAGUCUCUGCUCACCGCCGUGCGGCAGUGUCCCGCCCAUCAUGGUCACAUGGUCCUGCUGCGGAUCCCUUCUCUGGCUCUGGCAGCUUGGGCCCACCGACGGCUGUCCAGAGUGAGGAAGCAGCUGGGUCUGGAGGAGAGCUUUGAAAUUAUUCUGGGGAACCCCACCCAAGUUUUGACGAUUGGGCAGACUUUCACUGAUCAGAUUAGGAUUUGGUUAAAGAUCCAAGAUGCUGAAUGGGUUCCUCAUACCUACUUAGAGCUGGAGGCCCUCCCUUGCAUCCUGAUCCUGUCGGGUGCUGAACCGCUUGGAGAAUCAUUACCUAGGUCAUUAAAGUAUUGUGACCUCCGCGUGAUAAGCUGCUCGUACCUUCAACGGACCACUCUGGAACAGGAGUUGGGACUGGCUGCUUAUCUGGUCAAGGCAGAGUCACAACCACCACACAACCCUGGACCAGGAAGCGACGUGAUUGAAAGUGAUGCUGAGAAACUCAGCAGCACUGACAAUGAAGAGGAGGAGGGGCAGGACAACGGAGACUGCCCUUUACAGCCCUCUCAGCCUCUGCAGACCUGCCCUGAUAGUAGAACUGUGGAUGCCCUUCCACCUCAAGUUACCACCUCUUCAAAUGCUCUAAGAGAUACCUCGGAGAAUGUACAGUCUCCCUCAAAAGCCCAGAUUCAACUUCAACCCCAGACCUCCUCUCAGUUAUAUUUGCAAACUACCCCUAACUCCCAAAGCCAUCCCCAAGUUCAAAGCUACGCCCAGGUCCAGCUGGGUUCUCAGCAGCAGGCACACCUCCAAGGUCAAAGUCUACCACCAUCUCAAACAAAUGCUCCAUCCUACAGUCAAACAGCCACCCAUCAGCAGCCUGUUUCUCAGCCUCAAAUUCCCUCCAAAUCUGCAUCCUCGGACUCUUCAUCCCCACGGGCCUCCUCCCCUCAUCUGAGCUGCUCUUGGGCAAGAGGAUUGAGUCGUCCUCCAUCUGUGCUCCUCCCUCGAGCUCUGUACGACAUUAUCACAGCCAGUGACAGCAGUGGCCUUCCACGGUGCACUUCAUUCCUGCCACACAUAUCCGUUGCCUGGGCAAGCAGCUUCAGACCUCUUCUCAGUAAAAUGAUGACAUGCACAGAACAGUCGCUCUAUUAUCGUCAGUGGACGGUUCCUCGAUCCUACCACAUGGACAGCAACAACCGAACUGAAGGACGAACCGACAACUUUCAUCCUCGCAGGCUGCUGCUUAGCGGGCCCCCGCAGGUGGGUAAGACGGGGGCUUACCUUCACUUCCUGGGCCUCCUGUCGCGCAUGCUGAUCAGGCUUAUGGAGGUGGACAUCUACGACGAGGAGGACAUCCACUGCACAGCCUUGGUGGAAGGAGUGCAGUACCACCCACCCAAUGCUCCAUGGCCCAACACAGAAGUCAUAAAGACAAUGCCCUUCGACUACACCGUCCAUGAUGCAAAAUAUGACGACAUCAGUAUUAUCUACUGUCCUGGAUUCAAACCACGAGUUGAUGGAAACCCUUUGCGCCAGGAGGAUGUGUACCUACGCAGACGGACAUCUAGGAUAAAGCUGUCCAAGUAUGCAGCAUACAAUACCUAUCAUCACUGUGAGCAGUGCCAUCAGUACCUUGGCUUUAACCCCAGAUAUCAGAUGUACGAGUCAACGCUGCAUGCCUUCACAUUCACCCAUCUUCUGCUUGGAGAAGACAUCCAGCUCUAUUUCAUCAUCCCAAAGUCUAAAGAGCACCACUUCAGCUUCAGCCAGUCAGGAGGCCAGCUGGAGAGCAUGCGGCUGCCUCUCGCUUCUGACUGGAACCCAGACUGCAUUAAGAGUCCAAUCUUCACCCCGACCACCGGCCGCCACGAGCACGGUCUGUUCAACCUGUACCACGCGAUGGAUGGAGCAUCACAUCUGCACAUCCUUGUAGUAAAAGAGUAUGAGAUGGCUGUCUAUAAGAAGUACUGGCCCAACCACAUCAUGCUGGUGCUGCCCACUGUCUUCAAUGGAGCUGGCAUAGGGGCUGCUCACUUCCUGAUAAAAGAGCUUUCUUAUCACAACUUGGAGUUGGAGCGCAGUCGGCGUCUGGAAGGUGGAAGUCCAGCGGGUGACGUCUGGCCCUUCAUCAUCCUCGCUGAUGACUCCUGUGUUAUGUGGAACGCAGUGGACAACGAUAAACUGAGUUGUCCUGCUGAGCGCGCCGUGUCACUAAAACAAGUCUUACAGCAUAUGGAGGCCUGUCCAGACCUCACCCAGUAUGGUCUGUGUGGUAUAAGGAAGUGGAACAGCCGAGGAUUAAUGGGUAUCAAACAGUGGGAGCCGUUCUCCAGAGGUCACAUUCAUGACUUCCUGCUUCUCAAUGUUGACCGGAGUCAGAACGUCCAAUACGACCAGAACCGCUUCACCUGCCACGAUGUGGAUUUCACCCUGAGGCUGCACAGUGCAGGGCUGCUUGUCUGCAAGUUCAACAACUUCAGCGUCAUGAAGAAGCAGAUUGCCAUUGGAGGAUACAGGACAUUCAUCAUCAAGACCAAGAUGACAGAUGUGUCCACCUCAGUGGGGCCAUCACAAUACAUCUGUGCCCCAGACAGCAAGCAUCUCUUCUUGGCUUCACCAGCUCAGCUUCUCCUGGAAAAAUACCUCCAGCACACCAGCCAGAAACUGUUUCCUCUCAGCACCAAGAACUACACUCACCCUGUUCUGUCUGUGGAUUGUUACCUCAACCUGGGACCUGAGGUAACAGUGUGCUUUGUCAGUUCCAGACCUCAUUGUGUCAACAUCGGCACCGCUGGCUUGUUAUUCAGUGGGCUUCUUCUCUGGUUUCCUGACACAUUUGUGACAUCUGGGUUCCUCAAGAAGUUCACCUUUCUUAAAGGCGCAACCCUGUGUGUAAUCAGUGCAGAUCGCAGCUCACUUAGGCAGACUGUGGGCAGGCUGGAGCUGGAGGAGCAGUGGAGGUUCAGGCUCAGCGACGAGUUCCAGACUGCCAACGCCAAAGAAGACCGACCGCUCUUCUUCCUGACUGGAAAACAUAUCUGAGUGAAAGAAAUGGUCAAAAGGAGCCAGCGUAAAAAGAAAAUGCACUGUUUUUUUUAACAGCUCUCAGAAGGACGUUAAUCAUUUACCUGCAAUCCUUGAACACUUGAUGACAGGUAACAAAAGGUUUUACAUUUAUUCUUGGUUUAGUUUGGAUCCAUCCUUCAAUGCUUUUAUUAAGAAAUGUUGGCUUUUUUACAUUUACAGAACUGCAUUAUUCAUAUUUGCUAAAAAGAAAAUAAUGUUUUAUAAAACAGAAAGACAUUUCAGAUACUAUUUGCUAUGUGUUAUCAGGGUGCCCAGACUUUUUGUGCAGAUGCAUGCAAGACAAAAAGAUGGAAACAGGGAAGACACAAUCAUUUGUGUGCAAUGUAAGCCCAUUUUCGGCAAGUUUUUAUUGUGUAUUUUUUUUACAAGCCUGUUCUGCAGAUUUUUUUUUUUUUAUUUUUACAAAAAAAAAACAUUUAAAAUGAUAUAUAUUUCGAUAUAGAUAAUGCAAAAAGUACUUAUUUUCUGUGUGUACUAAACGUAAGACUGCAGCUCUGCAUCUGUGCUGGUACAAAAAAAUUUAUAAUGUUUAUACCUCUGAGGAAAAUGAAUGUGCCAUUUUCCAGCAACAUUUUUACUCUGUACAGUUUUAUACGUCUAUUUGUAUAAAUCCACAUAUUUUAAA